GCAGCAAUAUUCCACUUCACUACAUCAACAUUUCUUGGUUUUGAAUGUUUGUAAACUUUAAUGGCUGAAGUUUAAAGCAAAUUUUCUUCUUUGUUCGUCAUCUAGAAUCCCAAGAUAAUUAUGCAGACAAAAAAAUAGUAUGGAAGACCAGUUACUUCGAGAUACCAGAGCACACGAGAAUGACAGUGUAAAUUGCAGGUGUUCUCGAAAUGACGUCAAAGGUGACGCUAGCUCAGAAUGCUGUCAUCGAAAUGAAGAGGAGAAUAUACAAUCCAAUAAUAACAAAGUCCGCCUAAAAUCAUCAAACCGAAGAUUUUUUAAGGAUCAGGAAUCCCCUGUUUCUGAAAAUAGUCGCUGUUUGUUAGGUCUUUCAAUUUUGUCUGUCAUAUGCUUCUGUCCUACGGGGAUUUUUGCAGUGAUUACAGCGGCAAAGUUGCAAAAGGCAAGAAAGGUUGGAAAUGAGACGUUGAUAAGGACGCUUACUUCUCGGACGAGAAUGCUGGUAUCUAUGUCAUUAGGAAUCUGGAUUGUCAUUUUAGUCUUUUGUUUGAUCAUUUAUUUUGUUAAUAUAUUUGGCAUAAGAAGUUACUUCACAUAAAGUCAUAAUACGUCA